AUGGUUCGUGAGAUUGUUAGUCAGUCUGGUAGGCAAUCAGAUGGUGUGCGCCAGCAGCGGGCGCCCCUGGCGGCAGAUGUUGCAACUGAUGGCUCACUGUGCAGCCUGGCUGGGACUGCAGCCGGCAGGCGGGUCAACCACGCCAGCCACAGGAUGAAGGUGGUGCUUGCUUUCAUGGAUCACGCAGUAUGUGUAAACUUCAUUCCAGUGAAUGAUGACAUAUUGCGAGCAGCCGGCGGCUGCCCGGCGGACUUUGACGGUAUCGCGUGCUGGCCGCCCACGCCUCCUGGCGGGGUCGCCACCCAGGCGUGUCCGCACUACCUGCCGGACCAGGGGGAAGUGAGCCGGGCCUGCGCCGACAACGCCACAUGGGAGAGCGGCGCCAGCGUGAACUACACGUCGUGCGGUCUCUCCGAGCACGAGAUGAGGGUGAGUCUACAGGCGCAACUCAUACGGAAAGCUAAAUAUCAGUGA